CCAAGAUGGAAAGCCGUUUUUACUCUCCUCUUCCUCCUAUUUCCUCUCCUCUCCCUUUUGUUGCUCGUCCGUCUCUUUCCGCUCUUUCUCCGCCGUUGGAGACGGAAAGAAAGAGAGGGCUCUGGGCGGAGUUUGGCCCAAAGAAAACCUAGAAAACUUGUCUCUUCUUAUCUGCUCUCUUUCUAUCGACUCCAUGGAUAAAAUCGCAAUAAAUAUGGAGCAUGUAAUACUCUGAAAAAUAUCCUACAGUACCACAGAUUGCUUAGUAUCUCCACAUUGGUGCAUUGGGUGAUCCUAGAUAAACUAAUGCGGUGAAAUGAAAUGAAGGCCUCACAGUCUUUACAGGAUCCUCAGAGCACGGCAGAAUUACAGCCAUCAUCGCAAACUUCACAUGAAUUGCAAGGUAACCAGCAAAACCCUCCUACUACAGAUGCUCCUGGAGCGGACUCAGGUUCAGCAUCCAUUGCAAGCAGUGAUAACAGAAAGGUUUCUCGUGAAGAUAUUGAACUUGUCCAAAAUUUGAUAGAACGCUGUUUACAAUUGUAUAUGAGCAAAGGGGAAGUGGUUAGGACUCUCUCCAGUCGUGCUAGAAUAGAACCUGGUUUUACAACACUAGUAUGGCAGAAACUGGAAGAAGAAAACUCUGAGUUUUUCAGAGCUUAUUAUAUAAGGCUUAAACUGAAAAAACAGAUCAUCUUGUUCAAUCAUUUACUGGAGCACCAAUACCAUCUGAUGAAGUACCCUGUGCCACCUAAAGUUCCACUGGCUCCAAUGCAAAAUGGGAUGCACCCCAUGCCUGUUAAUAAUUUGCCUAUUGGGUACCCAGUCCUUCAGCAACCUCCAAUGGCAGCUACUGGCCAACCUCAUGUUGAUCCUAUGGGUUGUGGACCAUCGAGCUGUCAUGUAGUUAAUGGAAUUCCUGCUCCAGGCAGUUUUCAUCCCAUUCGUAUGAAUUCUGGCAAUGACAUCAUGAUGGACAGUGGUGCACCUGAUGCAGCUUCUGUUGGUCCUCCAUGUAGUGCAAUGUCAUCCAUCUCAGAGAUGGCUGUGAGUCCUGCAUCAGUGGCAUCAGGCAAUCAUUUUCCUUUCACUCCAUCGGAGUUAUCAGGGAUGGGUAUGGAUGUAUCUGCACUUGAUACAAACUUCACAUCUGAUGUAGCGAACACAGGAGGGUUGCAACUAGGACCAGAUGGUGGGGUUGGAUCCUCCAGGGAUUCCCUCAAAUCAUUUGGACAAUUUUGGAAUUUCAGUCUUACAGAUCUGACCGCAGAUUUCGCAAAUUUGGGAGGUACUUUUGCUGCUUUAAUGAUCUUGGGGCCCUGGGAAACUACACUGGCUCUCCAUUCCUACCAUCAGACUCUGACAUCCUCCUUGACUCUCCAGAACGGGAAGAUAUAGUUGAGGAAUACUUUGCUGAUGCCAUCACUGGACCCUGCUCUCAAUCUGAUGAAGAGAAUCAUAGGGAACAGGAUUGAUGCCGCCAUUUUGCCGACUUCACUUUCUAGGGUAGACUGAUCACAAGUAGAAGGCUGGCAUCUCUAAAUAUUGAGAUGUUAAAGUUGAAUGAAUAUUCAGUUUGCCUUGGUGACUCAUAUUAUCAUGUCUAGGACAAUAGCUGAUGACUCCCACUGGUCUCCAUGAAGUGUUGUAGAAUUUUGCAGUGGCUAUUCUAAAUAACUGGAGAAUAUCCAGUGGUACACUGUGAACAAUAAAUAACCUCCUUCCGAGCCAAUAUUCUAGUGGCACGAUUAAUGGUUGGUUCUCUUGCAUGCUAUUGCUGCAUAUUGUAAAAUGACGUCUGUCAUCAUCUUAACCAUGUUGCAUGAUUAAUUCUUGUGAGCUCUUUGCUCUAUGGUUCAACCCAUCCUUGCCAGGACUCUGAGUUUCCCUUUUUGAUCUGAUCAUUUGGCAAUUAUUAGUUGAACUAGAGAACAAUCAUGCAAAUAUAUGUCACCCUCUUGAAAUAUAUAGCAUCUCCUACAUUCUUUUUUUUUUUUUUUUGUGCUGGAUCUAUAUCAUUGAUUCAUGAAUAGCCAUGUUAUUGAGCUGGUCUGUUGGCCAGAAUUCAAGCAGCUUGAGCUGACGUUGUCCUGGUUUGUUGGGAAAUAUUGGUUAACUCUGAUCCCCUUCUACCACCUUGGUUGUUCCCCGUUGCAUUCUCCUAUGUUUCUUCGUGUUCUUGCACAACUCCAAUGGACAUGGAAUGUGAGUUGUAGCGGAUGGAUUUUUCAGCUCACUGAUCAAUUAUAAAGGUGAAGACCAGCAACAAAUGGCGGCGGCCUUGUUCUGCACCUUCUUCUUAAAAUGGGAAUAGUCGUACCAACAAGAGCCAUGACAGGUAAAGGCAGCAGCCACAUUUUGGUUAAAAUCUCUUGGUAGCUUUUUGUUGGCUUGCAAGUGACAGGUUAUAGUUGUAGUUGAUUGAAAUUGAGCUGCAUGCAUCCAAAAGAAGUUUUUGGGUGUUUGCAAUUGCAAUCGUAGGCUAUAUUUUAAUUACCAAAAAGGUCUAAAUUUGUAAUUGUAAAUGUAGCAAAAAGUGGAUGAAGUUCCAAUUAGAAGAUUUUGCAGGCCGCAGUUGUGGUUAGCUUCAAUGAAUUGUGGGUGCCCAAAACAAAUUUUU